UCGUUAACAAACAUGGGCAAGGAUCUGGUCAGCCACGCGCUUCGUAAACGGUCUGCAUCCGUCGAUUCGCCCUUUAUCAAUCACGAUGGCGACCACGGCAUGAAUUGCACUCUUUCGCACGAGUAUCUCAAGACUGAUCCCGCCUUUAAUCCGUCCCAGGUUGCAGGAACAAGCCCGUCGGCAGUAACAACGAGCGCAAAUACAACCCCUCCGCGGCUACCACGCCUUCGUACGGCCAAGGCAUCCUCAAAGGAGGUGGCUGGUAGUAUCUUACACCCUAAACGGACCAUUUUCAAGUAUUGCCAGGGCAAGACUGCGAAAAGUCUCUCGAAAGCCACCCGGCCGUAUAUCACUCCUCAAGCUGAUCGCGAGUUCCUUGCCGCACACGAUGCUCUUUUUGAAGCUAAGAAGAAUGGAGAUAAGGCACCAGCACGUAAGACUCGGGGUAGGAAGGGAACACCCGCGGCGAGGAGAGAGAAGAGCCCUCAUAGUAGAGAAAAUGGCGUUCCUCUAGGAGAAUAUCAGCCUCUUCAAACGGAUGCGGAAAUCCAAACCAGAAAGGUAGAGUUACUAGAGGCGCAUCGCCAGAGUAUCAUUAUUGCAUGGAUAACGACUCGGCAUAUAAAGGCCGUUCGAGUGACGCCGUCGAGAAUUGCAGAUUUUCCAAGGUUGGAUGAUGAGAAGUUUAUCGAAAGGGAUGCCAAUGGAGUUGAGAUUCGCUUCAGGUGGGAUAGAUAUCUGGGACAGCCGUUUACGGCGCGAUAUGUGGACGUUGAUGAAUGGAAGUCACCGCUGGACAUGGUUGCGCUGGUAGAGCGUCUCGUAAUGGCCACCGAGCCUUGGCAAGCAUGGUGGAUGAGUAUUCGAGACCUUUAUCGUUGGGAAAAUCCACGGCGUACAGCCAUUUGGUACGCCGUGUUUGCGGUGCUAUGGCAUACUCAGCAUGUAGUUGGGUUUUUGUAUGCCUACAUACUAUACAUCACGUUGAAGAACAAGUUUUACCCAUCAAACGCCGAUGCUAUACGGGAAUCUCUAGAUCGUUCUCUCGACAGAGAAGCUCAGGCUUAUCAUUUCGGCGAAAUGGUUGAUCGGUAUGGACGAGAAAAGUGGCUUGAACCAUUACUAGACCAGAUUGCUCCGUUUAUACGGGUUCAACUUGGUGAUUUGGUGACUCUUCUUGAAAUCACACGAAAUUUUUACUAUUGGCGCGACCCCCGGAAAACGGCGGCUAGUCUGUUCUUUUUCUUUUCCUGUCUACUCGUCACUUUGCUCACAGAUAUGGAGUUUUGCAUGAAGGUCGUAUGGUUUGUUGCGAUCAAUGUCUUCUUCCUCUGUUGGCCAAUCGCUAGUCGAUACCCACGGUAUAGAUACUUUGUCAGUCCGUUCCGAUGGAUAUUCUGGGAUGUACCUUCCUAUCCUGAAUGGGCGAUACGUUUUCUGCAAGAACACGAAAGCCUUCGUCGACACGAAAUAAAGACACACGGGCUGGCGCACAGCAAAAAUACCUAUUCUCAUGACAUUCACUCCAAUCAGGAAGAUACUCGUGGAGAUGCUUUCCAUGACGCGGCCGAGACCCGAGAACACAUAGCAGAGAAAUUUCCAUAUCAAGAAACAGACAGUAUAAAGAGUGACAAUGAAGACACUGCCUCACCUUACGUCCAAUCAGUCUACUUUACUGCUUAUCAGCACGGCCGCGAGGGACAACUCAUCCUGACGUCCGAAGGCAUACGCUUCGUUGAAAACCCGCAUCUUCUAACGACAUUCCACCAAAAACGAAGACAAUUACUCGAUCAAGAACCACGAUGGUCACUUACUUAUGCGCAACUGUUGCAAAUGACGAAGCAGCGUAGCCCCAAAUUCUCAAAAUUAGCAGGCCUCGACCUCAGUCUAAAAAGAUUAGAUUUCGAGUUUUCAACUGACAAUACGAAUGCCAGCGAAGAAGUCUUCAAAGGCAACGUUUGGGAUAUAAAAAGCUCAUACCAUACGAUGGCUGGAGGAAAGAGGACGAGGAUUGAGAGUGUGGACGUUAAUCAGGCUGAACGCGAUGAGAUUUUCAAUCUGAUUGUUGGAUGGAGUAAAAGCCGGUGGCAGGCAACGAGUGGGCAGGACAAUUGGAGCAACAAGAAUUGAUGUUUUGUUAAAAGACUGAGUUUUCCUUGCUGCACACUGACUCAUUGACCCCGUCCGCUAUCCUGCUGUCAG